AGAGAUAGAGAGAGAGAGAGAGAGAGAGAGAGAGAGUGACGUAAACGCAACCGCACCCUUUCAAGUCGCCGUCGCCGGUGACUCCAAACCGUCCUAAGCAAAAAGUAUCUCAAAAUCUCACUUUCUCAAUCCGUGAUUGCUCCUCUCUUCACUGCAAUCUUCAAUCCCAUUUCUUCCAGAGUAAGACCUUGUAUGAAAUGAUCUUGUAAGAGGAUAUAUAAGUCCGGGAAGGAACUAGAUAUGGAAGAGAGUGAAACAAAGGGGAAGAAGGUCAAGAAAGAAACCGAAAAGGCUUGUGUUUCGGUUGAGAGAGCUGAGUCUACUCUACUCUCAUCUCUUGUGAAGAAGAAAGGAAAAGAAACAACGAGUAAGAGAAAGUACAAUAAGCGCAAAACCGAGGAAGAGAUCUGUUCAAAGUUCAGCAACAAGAAGUAUUCUCUAGGAGAGGAGGAGGAUGAAGGUAAGAAAAGGAGGAAGAGGAAAAGCAAGACACAGCAAAAGGGUAAUAAGGUUGUGGAGGAGGUUGACGAAGCUCUACGGUUGCAGAGGCGAACAAGGUAUUUGCUUAUUAAGAUGAAGAUGCAGCAGAAUCUUAUCGAUGCUUACGCAGCUGAAGGUUGGAAAGGUCAGAGCCGGGAAAAGAUAAGACCGGACAAGGAGCUGGAGAGAGCACGAAAACAUAUCUUAGACUGCAAGCUUGGACUACGAGAAGCCAUUCGUCAGUUGGAUCUUCUUAGCUCGGUGGGAAGGAUGGAGGAGAAAGUGAUGGGUCCAGAUGGUUCUAUUCAUCAUGACCAUAUCUUUUGUGCGGAGUGCAAUUCACGAGAAGCUUCUCUGGACAACGAUAUAAUACUUUGUGAUGGAACGUGUAACCGUGCAUUUCACCAGAAGUGCCUUGACCCUCCUUUGGAAACAGAAAGCAUACCUCCUGGAGAUCAAGGCUGGUUUUGCAAGUUUUGUGAUUGCAAAAUCGAAAUCAUCGAUACGAUGAAUGCGCAAAUAGGAACUCAAUACCCUGUGGACAGCAACUGGCAGGAUAUCUUCAACGAAGAAGCUAGUCUUCGUGUUGGAUCUGAAGCUGCACUUAACAAAGAAGCAGAUUGGCCUUCGGAUGACUCUGAGGAUGGUGAUUAUGACCCUGAAAUGAAGGAAAGAAGCAACAGCAGAAGCGAUAGUGGUGGUGGUGGUGGUGGUGAUAAUGAUGGAGAAAGCAUUUCUACUAGCGUGAGUUUAGCUUCUGAUGGUGUAGCUCUUUCAACAGGAUCGUGGGAAGGUCAAGAAUUUGGGAAUGUGGUGGAAUCAGGGGAGACGAGUAAUGAAGAAACUGUACAUGGGCCAAGACAGAGGAAGACUGUUGACUAUACAAAGCUAUACCAUGAAAUGUUUGGGAAGGAUGCUGUUUUGCAAGAGCAAGGUAGUGAAGACGAAGACUGGGGUCCGAGUGACAGAAGGAAGAGAAGAAAGGAAUCUGAUGCUGUUGCUAUGUGUGAGAACAGUAAGAGAGAUCAAGAUGUUGUUGAAGAAACAGUUGAACAGAGUGAGAGAGAUUCUGUUUCUGUAGAAGGUAAAGGAGGGAGACGGCCAAUUUUCAGAAUCCCAAGAGCUGCUGUUGAGAAGCUGCGUCAAGUGUUUGCAGAGAAUGAGCUUCCUUCAAAAUCUGUGAGGGAUAGUCUUUCAAAAGAGUUGAGUCUUGAUCCAGAGAAGGUCAGCAAAUGGUUCAAGAAUACGCGGUACAUGGCAUUGAAGAAUAGGAAGGCGGAGAGUGUGAAACAACCUGAGGAGUCGAAGGCGUCCUCUGGAGAUUCUGUGCCAGAAGCAGCAGCCAUGGAGAAAAACACAGAAGCAAAUGAGAUUCAAGAUACCGUGGAGGAAAACAAAGAAACCAAUGAGGUUCAAGAUACCAUGGACGACGCUGUCGUGGAGAAAAAUACCGAAGCAAGUGAAGUCCAAGAGACCGUGGACGAGACUGUCACGGAGGAAAGCAAAGAAACGAAUGAAAUUCAAGAUACCGUGGAGGAGACUGUAGUGGAAGAACGCACAGAGACGAAUGAAGUUCAAGAGACCCUGGACGAGAGUGUCGUGGAGAAAAACACAGAAACAAAUGAAGUUCAAGACACCAUGGACGGCGAGACUAACACAGAAACAAAUGAAAUUCAAGAGACCGUGGAUGAGGCUGCCAUGGAGAAAAACACAGAAACAAAUGAAGUUGAAAAUACCAUGGACGGCGAGACUAUCACAGAAGCCAAUGAAAUUCAAGAUACCAUGGACAAGUCUGUUCUGCUCAAGUUUAAUGAUCCUACGAAUCAGACAACAGUUUCUCCCUGUCAUGAGGAAAUUCAACAAGCCAAUAAUUCCUUUCCUACACCCAUAGAAGAUCAAAAAAGUCAACCGUAUGUGGAGCAGAAAGACUCUUCUCUCACUCUACUGCCACAGGAAGAGGUAAGCAGCCAAAUGAGCUUAGAGACAUCUCUUGAGGAUAAGGAGAGGAAGAAAGAGGAAGAACUGGAAGCAGUAAUGGAGAUGCUCUGUAGGGCAGAAAACAAGUUACUGGAUGUAACGCAGAGGCUUGAGAGAUUUAGAACACCGAAAGGCCGUAAAAAAUUAGGCAAGUCUUAUUCUAGUUUACAUGAAGAAGACUCGGUAGUUUAUGUUCCAACAGCAGAGAUCAAGGAGAGCAGAUAACAAAAAAAACUUAGAUCUCUUGACAAGUUUUGGUAAUCGUUUAGAUUCGUUGAGAACUUGAGACUAAUAAGAAUGUAUCAUGUAGCUUUUGUAUUAUUCAGUUUGUAUGUGUUAUUUAAACUAAUUUUAAAUAAUACCCAUCAGAUGUUUUGAAGCUCAAA